UUGACGUGGCCGCCCAGCUCAGUGACAUCGAAAACACGGAAAUUUCAUCACAGUCGGAGUGAAUUUUAUUUGAUUCUAUUUAAAACGCUCCAAUUGUACAUUGUACCCUAUUGUAAAAUCGAAUUUCUCCAUUUAAUUUGUGCAUUUGCAUUGGAUUAAAAUGAGUUUGGUUUGGACUUUGAUCGCCGGCUUUCUAUACGCCGAGAUUAUAGUAGUUUUGCUACUGGUACUGGUGGGCAACCCGUACAGAUGGAAUCGUUUCUUCAAAUCCAAAUUUCUGGCCAUGAUGGCACAGCAGGCACACAUAUAUUUCUUCUUAAUUAUGGGUGUUCUGGUCUUGUUCCUAUUGGAAGCCAUUCGAGAGAUGCGCAAGUAUUCCAGCCAUGAGCAGAGCGGCGAAGUUCAUCUCAAUGUGGAGAUGCAGCAUAGCAUGCGUCUAUUCCGUGCUCAGCGCAAUUUCUACAUCUCGGGUUUUUCCAUUUUCUUGGUUCUGGUUAUUCGCCGUCUGGUUACAUUGAUCUCAGCUCAGGCCAAUUUAAUGGCCCAGAGUGAAGCGAGCAUGAAGCAGGCCCAAAGUGCCACAGCCGCGGCCCGUUCCCUUAUGGAGGACAAGGCGACCGACAAGGCCAAGGAGGCUACCGAGGACACAACGCUAAAUGAGCUAAAUAAGCUGCGUGAGCGUGUCCAGCAGCUUACCGCCGAUCUAAACCGUGAAAAGAAAGACAAGGAGGCAGUUAAAUCUCAGGCCGAGAGCAUUAACCGUGAAUACGAUCGUCUUACCGAGGAGUACAGCAAGUUGCAAAAGCAAAUCACAAUUGGAGGAGCAGCAGGCAACAAGGAUGACUAAGAAGACUAGAAAAGGAAAGUGACAUAAGGAAUGAGUCCAAAAGAAAAAAGAAAGAAAUGGAAAUAACGAUAAGACUUUAAACAUGGCGGUGGGGCAUAGUCAAACAACAAACCGAAAAGAAAAACUAAAAAAUAUCUAAGAUUAUAACGAUUAUGAAUCGAAAAGCACACAUUUAAAUGUUAAUUCUCUCAUACAUAUAUAUGUUCGACACACCCAUUGAUAACGGUUUACUGAUAUUUUAAUCGUACGAAUUUUAUUUUGUUCGGAUGAAAAAUCAUUGUUUUAUUAUACUCUUUGUAUUAAUUUUUCUAUAUUUCUUAAGAUCGCUUCUACUUUUCAAUUAAUAUUCGCCACUCUGAGCAUAAACAAACAAUUCUGUGGCUAUUAAAAGAACAAGUAUAAAACAA